GCGGAAGGCACUGCACCUCCAUGCGCGUCCGGGGUUGUGGGAGGUGACACGGCAGGCGUUCGCAGCUUUGCCCGCAGGUGGAUUCCUUGUCACGCAUGUCGAGUGCAGGCGAAGCAGGAAGGAGGGGGGAGGGGGGGGGGCGGCGAGGAAGGAAACCGGGCACGCGUUUAUUAGGACGAAGAGGGAAUGGUUCAGGUACGGACGGACGGCGUGAGGCGAAGGGCGGGAGCCGGAUCGGGGUUAGGGGCGGGAGGGUGCAGAUGGGCGAUGGCUGAUGGGCGAAUCAGAGGAGGCGGGCUGCAAACGAGGCGAAAACAUGUGAAAUCGUGCUCAUGGCGACUCGCGAGAGAGAGUG